UCGCACAACUUCUAUAACUUACAUCUCAUUAGCUUUAAACCUUGAACUAAACAGAAUUCUCUUUACAAUCUUGUAAAAGAUAUGGAAGGCUCAUCUUCAAUAAAUUCUCGAAACUAUAACAUUCUCCUUAUAUUACUUAUUACUUCCUCCAUCAAUAUAAUUUCAGCCCUCGAGAAAACAAGUGUUGAAUUCAUCAGAACUUCUUGCAGUUUGACUACUUACCCUACACUCUGCUUCAACUCACUCUCAACAAAAGCAGGUGCAAUUCAAUCAAGCCCCAAGCAACUAGCCCAAACAGCUCUAUCUGUCACUCUUGACACAACCCUAUCCACCUCUUCAUCAAUGGUAAAAUUGUCAAAAGUGCAUGGCAUGACUCCGAUAGAGGUUAGAGCCAUGAAAGACUGCAUUGAAAUGUUGAGUGACUCUGUGUAUGAGCUGAAACAAUCAAUUGAGGAGAUGAAUAAGCCAGGUUCCAAAGACUCUGGGAUGGUGAUAAACGACAUACAAACAUGGGUCAGCUCUGCGCUAACGGAUGAAGAUACAUGUUCUGAAGGAUUUAAGAAUGACCCUAAAAUGAAAAGUGUGGUGAGAGGAAAGAUUGUAAAUGUCGUCCACUUAACCAGCAAUGCUUUGGCUUUGAUCAACAGCUAUGCUUCUUUGCGUGGGUAAUUAAAUGAAAUUAGAGAUAUAAUGCUUAUUUAAUUGAUGUGGGUUCUGUUGUUGCUGUGGGAAAGCAGUAUGUACGGAAAAUUGCCGCCAGCCUUAAUUGCAAAUGCAAUCUAUUAUUGAGUGAAAAUAUGAAUUUGAAUAUAUUAUCAUGAA